UCUACAUCCGGUUUGACGUAAACAAUAUUGCAGAUGGAAAAUGUCCCACCAAACUUUAGUUUACACUUUUGUUCUACUAGUGUGCAUUUUAUUAACUUUUGCAGAAGAUCAUCUUUCUUCUUUUAAACCUGACACCUCUCGUUAUCACCAUUAUGACGAACUGUCGAAGUUUCUACAGGAUAUGGAAAAAAAAUAUCCACAUAUUGCUAAACUUCAUUCAAUAGGAAAAAGUGUUUUGAAGAGAGACCUGUUAGCUCUUCAGAUAACUGACAAUAUAACAGAUGUAGAGCCAGGCGAGCCAAUGUUUAAAUAUGUUGGAAAUAUGCAUGGAAAUGAGGCUGUUGGCAGAGAAAUUCUUAUUUAUCUUAUUCAGUAUUUAUUAGAAAAUUAUGAAAAAGAUGACAGGGUUACUAAACUAAUACAAAAUACAAACAUCUAUAUAAUGCCAACAAUGAACCCUGAUGGUUUUGAAGAAGCACGGUUGGGUGAUUGUGCAGGUGUCACUGGAAGACCAAACCAUCGCAAGGUUGAUUUAAAUAGAAAUUUUCCUGAUCAGUUCCGUAAACACAACCCUGUAAUUGAACCGGAAACAAAGGCAAUGAUUGAUUGGAUUGAAAGCAACAAAUUUGUGUUAUCAUCUAAUCUCCAUGGUGGGAGUGUAGUGGCUAGUUAUCCUUUUGAUGAUACAGCUGCACACAGAGAUGUUUAUAGUCCAGCACAAGAUGAUGCCAUGUUCAAACAUCUAGCAAGGGUUUACUCAAGUAACCAUAAAACAAUGCAUAAUCCUGGACAAUGUGGUGAUAAUUUUAAAGAAGGAAUUACAAAUGGGGCAGAUUGGUAUGAUGUACCAGGAGGAAUGGAGGAUUACAACUAUCUUCAUAGUAACUGUUUUGAGAUAACAAUAGAAUUGUCUUGUUGUAAAUAUCCACCUGUAAACAGGUUAGCCAUAGAAUGGGACAACAACAAAGAAUCUUUAAUGACUUAUAUGGAAGAGGUACAUAAAGGUGUAAAAGGGUUUGUUCGUGAUGAUUCCACAAAAGCUGGUAUACCCGAGGCUGUGAUUAUGGUGGGAAGUAUCAAACACAACGUAACAACAGCAGGGUAUGGUGAUUACUGGAGACUUCUGGUUCCAGGAAAAUACACAAUCUCAGCUGUAGCACCAGGAUAUGAGAAAGAAAGUAAAUCUGUGGAAGUAAAAGAUGGACCAGCUGUAGAAAUUGACUUCAAUCUGAAAAAAAUAAAGCUGAGCACAGAACCACAGAAAGCAGCUGAAACCAAAUCGGCACCUGAAGAAAAUAUCCCUAAAGAAGCGGACACUCUAGAGAUUCUAGUCAGUCAUGUCAACAAGCUGAGGGAUGCAUCACACAGGGAGAAAGUUACAUUUAUAGAACCAAAGGAAUUCAAACAUCAUCACUAUAACGAUCUUGAACAAUUCUUAAAAAAUAUUUCUCAAAAAUAUCCAGAAAUUACAAGAUUGUAUUCUGUUGGGAAAUCUGUACAAGGGAGAGAACUUUGGACAAUUGAAAUAACAGAUAAUCCGGGAAAACAUGAACCAGGUGAACCUGAAUUUAAGUACAUUGGUAAUAUGCAUGGUAAUGAGGUCGUAGGUCGUGAGAUAUUACUGAACUUGGUUCAGUUGCUAUGUGAGAAUUACAAACAUAACCACUUCCUGUCGCUGAUGGUGAACUUUACGAGGAUACAUAUCAUGCCAACGAUGAAUCCAGACGGCUAUGAAAAAGCUCAGGAAGGUGAUAUGAUGAAUGUCCUAGGACGAGCUAAUGCCCAUAAUAUAGAUCUGAACCGUAACUUUCCUGACCAGUUUGAAAAAACAUCAAUUAACAAUCAUCAAGAACCAGAAACUGUUGCAGUAAUGCAUUGGGUUCACUCCUUACCAUUUGUUUUGUCUGCCAAUUUACAUGGUGGCUCUCUUGUGGCUAAUUUUCCUUUCGAUGAUACAAAGGAAGGAACAACAACAUACAGCAAGUCAGCAGAUGAUGCCACAUUUAUUCAGAUUUCAGAGGCAUACUCACUGGCCCAUUCCACAAUGCAUUCAGGCCAUCCAUGCCCUUCCACAAGUAGGGAAUACUUCAAAGAUGGAAUUACUAAUGGAGCCAAAUGGUAUAAUGUAGCAGGUGGCAUGCAGGAUUGGAAUUACCUCAACACUAACUGUUUCGAGAUCACAAUAGAACUUGGCUGCUAUAAAUAUCCCUGGACUAAAGAUCUCAAGUCUUAUUGGACUGCCAAUAAAUAUGCCUUACUGGUGUUUAUGGGACAGAUACAUAAAGGUGUGAGAGGGUUCAUCAAAUCUAAAGAUUCUGGUGAGCCAAUAGCUAAUGCUACCCUAAUGGUGACUGGUAUUGAUCAUGCUAUAACUUCAGCAGAAGGUGGUGACUACUGGAGGUUACUCUCUCCAGGAACAUAUGAAAUCACAGUCUCAGCACAGGGAUAUUCAUCACAAAAGCAACAAGUAGUUGUCACAUUUGAUGCUGCUAUUUAUGUGAACUUUACUUUGGAGAAAGAUUCCAUUAUAUCAUGGUCCAAAGAAAAAGACUUUGACAUCAAAGAUAAUAUAGAAAAUACUAAAUAUCUGAGUCAUACAGAAAUGGACACUGAACUUGAAAAAUUAGCCAAUGAAAAUAAAGCAAUUAUGGAAUAUAAAAUUAUUGAGAAGUCUCCCAAAGGAAACUCUAUACCAUUGGUUCACCUUUCUUUAAAUCUGACCAAUCAUGAAGCUGGAAAACCUCAUGUCCUUCUGAUUGGUGGUCUCCAUGGUAAUGAGACUGUUGGUGCAGAGUUGUUGAUGAGAUUUGUCAGACAUCAGAUAACAGGAUACAAUAAGAAAAACAAUGAAACCUUGUCAAUGUUCAAUGAGUUUCAUAUCCACAUUAUACCUCACCUUGAUGUGGACAAUGUAGAUACAAACCCAGAUUGUAAAACUGAUGUCAGUCUUGAUACAAUGACACAUGUAAAUUUGACGAGUCAUGUUGUUAAUAUCCUGCUGAGCCAGAUGAAAGAACAUAAAUUUAGUACAGUUUUAAGUUUAGAUAGUGGAGGACUUUUUAUGGUAUUACCAUGGCAACAAAGUAGAGAUGGGGUAGCAGUGACCCCAGAUGAUGAAAUAUUUCAGUUACUAAGUCGAGGUUACACAGAAGCUUAUCCAGACAUGUAUAAAACAGGUGUCUGUAAAACAUCUAGAUCACAUGGAAUAUUCCAUGGUGCUGAUUUUGGAACAGGAUCAACAGGAGUCUUGGAUAAAAUGUACAUGGAUUACCACAGUUAUAUGGUGUCUGCACAUAUAAGUUGUUGUCGAGUACCAACAGGGAACCAGUUAGGUCAUAUUUGGAUGUCUAAUUACCAGUCAAUGAUGAAUUUUAUACACAGGUCAAAACAAGGUGUAUAUGGGAUUGUAUAUGAUGAUAAACGUAAACCAAUCAGUGGAGCUACAGUUAAAAUAAAUGAAAAAGAGGCUGUUUUAUCAACCAAUGAAAUGGGAGAGUUUUAUUCCAUUAUGACAGAGGGAAAACACAACCUUGAAGUAGCAGCCCCAGGAUUUGAACCUCAAACACAGCAGAUAAUAAUUAAACCAUACAGCACAUCAAAGAUAAUGAUUGAUUUAAAUAAAGAAGUACAGAAAAUAGAUUACCACAGACCAUUAGAGAUGAUGUCAGCUCUCAGGAAUGUCACCAAAAACUGUUCUACUAUCAUGACGUUAGAGAGCCUUGGUAAAACAGAAGAAAAGAGAGAUGUAUUGAUGUUGAAUAUAGGCCACAAUGAUAACAAAGUGAAAUUUGUAUCACAUGUUUUGAUGUUAGCUGGUAUCCAUGGAAAUGAAGCAGUCGGUCCUGAACUUUUGCUGCAAAUUGCUAUUGAUAUAUGUGAAAAUAAUGGAAAAGAUUUUAUGAUUUCUAAGAUGUUUGAUACAAUGGAACUACACAUUGUGCCCAUGUUAAACCCAGAUGGUGCCAGGAUAGCCACUGCUGGACAGUGUUCUGGUGAACAUGGUGUCACUAAUGGCAGAAAUAUUGAUCUUAAUACUAACUUUCCAAGUAUGUACAGCAACAAGACAAGUGAGAGCCAGCGGGCUGUGGAGACCAAACUUUUAAUGUCCUGGAUGGAGAAACAUAAACCUAGUGUCACCAUUAUACUCAACGGAGGAUCUCAAAUUAUAACACACCCAUACUACUCUAAAGGUCAAACAGACAAAAAAUUUGGCAGAGUAGAUAAUGCAGCCACUGCCGAGUUGGGAUCUGCUUUUAUCAAACAUCAUGAGGCCCUGAAAGCUGGACAGUUUGGGUGUAACAAUUCAACCACACAUUUCCCAGCAGCUAUAAUACCAGCAAGUGCCUUACAUGCUCAUGAUGGCAGCUUACUUGACUAUGCAUUUGAUUAUAUUGGAUCAGUUGCCAUAGAGAUAUACACAGGAUGUUGUGACUAUCCUGAUGGACAUCAAUUACUUCAGUCUUGGCAUCAGCAUCGUCAACCCCUUCUUCAUCUUCUAAAUGAAGCAGGGCGAGGGUUCACAGGAGUGGUACAAAACCAAGAAGAACAGAAACCCAUGGAAAAUGCCACAGUCACAAUAAAAGGGUCUUCAAGAAAUUUCUCUGUUGAUGCUCAAGGUCGUUUCCAUGUCUAUCUACCUCCAGGUUAUUAUGACCUUGUAUUCCAUUGCCAUGGUUACCAAGAUUUUACUCAGAAAAUCAAAGUAUCAAAGAAUGAAGGAGAAGAGAAAAGCUCCAGCAUGGUGGUGUUUUUAGAGAAAGAAGAAAAUAUUUUAGGACUGUCUCGUGCAAAAGUGAUGAUAGUUAUUGCUGUUGUAGUUUUAGUACUAGUCAUACUUGUAACCAUAGUGAUGUGUGUCAAAAGUCGUUAUACACCACAGCACAAAGGGUUCAGUAAAAUUAGAUUUGACGAUGACGAAGAGGAUGAUGACUUUAACCAGCCCGCCAAAUCCAAAUUGCUUAACGGCAGAUUUGAAUAUCACGAUGAAAGCUCAGACGAUGAAAAUGUUCAUGAAUUGUAUAAUAAGAACUUAUUAAAGAGUCACCAUUGAUUGCCUUAAAAGUAACUGUACUUAUUUUCAAGCUGUUUUUUAUUGAGUAUUUUUAAAUAUAUAAUGCAUAUCAACUCAUGAUUAUUUUGUCAUUUGUUUGCUCAACUUUUCAGCUUCAAUUUUUCAUAAAUAUAUAAGAUAUAAUAUAUAAAUGUAAGAACAAAAUUGUAUUUUGAAAUUAGUAAAACUUAUUUUAUGGUUUUUGAAUAGUGUUGUGCAGAGAAAUUUGAAUUUAAAUACUGUAAAUUCAAUUAACCUGUAGUUCUUUUCCAGAACUAGUUCUCAAUCUAAACAAUAUGUUGGAAUUUAAUUUUUUAGGCCAUUUUUCUCUUUCUUUAAAUUUUCACACCCCAUUAUUCUCGUCUUAUUGUUUUUUUUUAUCCUUUACCCUUUAUUCUCUUUUUUCCAAUUAAGGCAAUUAAAAAUGGAAAUAUAUUUUUUAUUUACAUGGUAAAUAAGCAUAUAAUAACCACUUAAAACUGAUAUUGCGAAAAACUUCUUGCUUUACAGUGUGAAUGAUUCUUUAUAGAUAUAUUGUGCCAAACAAAGACAUUUUGAAAUUCUCAUUUACUAGAUUUGUAUCAUAUUACAUAAAGCCAAAUAAAAAUAUGUGUGUGGUUCCAGUUACCCGACCAACCCUUGUUUAAACCUCCGACCCUAGAAUUUUUUUUUCCAUUUCUGAUAAGAAAUUUUGAAUGAUCCCAUUUUGUGGAAUGUGAAUUUCAAUAAUUAAAUUCACAGACUUCUGUCAUCUGAAUAUCCAUUAGAAGUAUCUACUACGGAUACAAAUGCAACAAAUUCUUAACAGAAUGCAACAAAAUUUACUAAAAACGUAACAUAUCUGUUUAUUUUACAACCAAACAUAUAGAAAAUGGCAAACUUCUGGUAGGGGCGUAUAUAGUACCGGAAUCAGACUUGGUGAACACAUGUUUUUUUUCUGGAUUUUGACAAUCCAAAAAAUGAUAAAAAAAAAAAAAAAAAAAUGCCUACCCACCAUCCCUCUAUUUUUUCAGGAUGUAACUGGAACCACACAUAUAUUUUUAUUUGGCCUAAUCAUCAUAUCAUAGAAAGAAUAACUUUUACAUUCUUAGUUUUCUGUAGCACAGAGUAAAAAAAAAAUGAAAAUAAAUACAGUUACAGGAUUGAAAACAAGAUCUAUGCAGAAUAUAUAAGGCUUCCAUAUUGUUAUUGCAGUUUCAUAUAUAUAGCUGUCAUGUUUUUUCUUUAUAUUGUUUAGAACUUCAGUAUCACUUAUGGGACAAAAAGACUUGUUCUAAAAAUCCAAGCUUUUUUUAAUGGUGUUCUUGAAAUUAAAAAUUCUACUCCAUUUAUUCUUAUAAAGCAAUAAUUUUACUCUUGUUUCAAAAUUCCAAAAGGGGAACACAUUUUACAUUAUUGUAGUAAUUAAACCAUUGAAAAAUUGUUUUACUUAAAUGUUAGAUUGUUGUGCAGUUUUCUAUCUGUCCUUUUGUACCAUUUUUCAAGUUUGAAGAAUUUACUAUGACUAACCUCAAUUUUAUGACAAUUUACCAAAUAACGUUUGCAAAACAGUCAUAUCUUUUACUUUAGUAUCAUAUGUUUUCUAAAGUGACAAUGCAAAACUAUGUGGAAAUUCUUUCUUUCAAUAGCUAAGAAAAUUGAAUUUGGUGUUUCUACCACAAAUUAUAUAUUUUAUGUAGAAUCAUCUUAUUACAUUUUAAUCCAUGCACAAUUUUGUACUUCUUAACACAAGAUCAUGAAUGUGCACCGAAGGAACAUUCAUUCCUUGAUUUGUUUCACGAUAAUAUGAUAAUUAUACAUAAACCCUAUUUAUACAAAUUUACUGUAACAUAUAUACAUAUAUGCUGUCUCACAAAAAAACUGUUCCAGAUUUUUUACCUCUAUUAUAUAGGAAAAAUCUAGAGAAAUUAUUAACCAGAAAGAGCUGAAAUUGUAUAAAGUUAUAUGACUUGUAUAUAAAGAUCUAAAAUUGCUCUUCAGGUUUGAAUGAAAUUUUGUUGUUUGAUAGGGUAAUUUGAUUGCUUAAAGUUAUUAAAUUUGCCAACCUUGCCUUGCAAGACACAUUAUAUAGGUACAGGACAACACCAGUGAUUUCACACUCUGUUGUCUUGAAUUGGUGUUCCUCUUAUACAUAGUACUAAGAAACAUAGAAUUCUUUAAAAAUAAAGCCAUUGUAAAAUCUGUAAUAGAACUAUGAUAUCAUCUAACUCAAAUAUCAUUUCAUUGAAAAAAUGAAUGCUAUUUUCUUUGAAAUAUUUAUAAAAUUUGAAUGUGCACAACUACAAAGGCAGCCAAUUCCAAAUUAAAAGAAUUACUAAGAGGAUUAUCAUAAGUUCAGUAAAAAAAACAACAACCAGGGUAUUUAUUGUAUGCUCCAGAGAAUGAAAUAAUGUUUAUUUUUUGACAUUUUUAUUUUUAUUAAUGGUUACCGGGAAAAUAAAUCAACCGGUUAGUUUAUAGUAAAGAAAAUGUCAUCUCAUGUGUAUUUUGAAGAUAAUAAAGAUUAGACAAAACACAUUUCUCUAUAUGCUGCAUGUAUAUAUAAGGCUAUCUAUAAUAUUAUAUAAGAAUAACCUUAGUCUGUGAUCUAACUAUCAACAUCAACCACCGUCCAAGAAAUUCUUAUUUUUUGGAAGAAAAGUAGAUUUUGUAUUUUUUUGUGCAUUUUGUGCAUAAGCAACUGUUUUCUAAAUUUUUGUACAUAGAACAUAGCUGAAGUUGAUUUUCUUAUUGAUUUGGUUGUAGAAUUUAAAAAAAAAUGUGCCAUUUUUAAUUGGUUGCAUAAUGUACUUAUAAAUUUUCAUUUCUGUACUAAUAUUGUUUUAAGAAUAAUAUUCUUUAAAUAGGGGUUAUUACAAAAGUAAGUAGGUAAAAACUCUUUUUUCUUUGCAACAAAAAUAUUCAAAAGGUUUACAGUUUAGUGUAAACAGACCCAUUUGUAAUAAAUGUCAAUUACAAAUGAUGUAUUAAGAUGAAUGUAACAAGUAUCAGUACAAUAUUUGAUUGAAUUUCUUUAUGUCUAGAUUUUGAAUAACGCUUAUAUUAAAAAUGAAAAUUUAUUACAUUGUAAACCAUUCAAAUUGUGUCAAAUUUUCUUGCAAGUGGUCAGUUCAAUUAGGAUUGUUGCAAAAGUGGUUGUUUUCCAUUUUGAAAGUUAAAAUUAAAAUUGUCAAAAUGAAAUUUAGGCAAAUUUUAGCUCGUUUUGUUGAGCAAUUUGAUUUCAUCAGCUGAUAGUUUUUUUAAAUCUCAUCAAAAUAUAUUUGACCACUUUCAGGAAAAUUGGUUAAUAGAAGGAAGGCUUAAAAUAUAGGUUAAUCUAUAAUGCGUAACCUAUGAAAUAUAAUAGGAAGGUAUGACUUUUGCAAUUCUAUGUCAGCAUUAUAGGUAAUUACAGAAAAAGUAGGUCAUGAGAUUAUAGAACUCAUCGUUUUACAAUUUAAUGUGUUGUAAUCAGCUGUUUAUGUGUAAUUGCUCACGUUAUAAAUCACAGCAUUAACCAAAGUUAAUAUAUUAGUGAUAUUUUGUUUUUUGAUUUUUAUAGUAAACAUUUGAGAAAUGAUAAUAAAUUUGUUAUCAUAUGUUUUGCUUAAUUUUGCAUUUGAUUUUGUACAUUGUUUAUAUGUGUAUUUAUUUUACAGCUUAAUUAUUUUAGCGUGUAUUUAUUAUUCAACAAUUAUAGUUUGCUUACUGAACCAUGACCUUUCUUAUAAGUGGUAAAUAUAGAAAGAUAUAGUUGGUCAAAUUGUUAGCCUGGCAUCCUGACCCAAUCUAAUACUUUGUCGAUAGGGCCAGGCAUAAUACAAUCCACGUGACCAACUAUCAGCGCUGAACAGGACUGAAUUACUACGCAUGUGCAUGUUCUAUAAACAAGGAAUAUAUCGAUCAGACCGUCAGUUAACAGUUGAUUCACGAUGUUUAUCAAUAACGUUUGAAUUAUAUGUGCUAAAUUCUUCAAAAUUUGCAUUUCAUAUGAAACGAAAAAAUUAUUUUCAAUAAAUUCGUGACAAUAUAAAUAUUUCCCGCCAUGUGUCAAGAAAUGACUCUAUCCCACGAUGCAUCAUUCUAUCAUCCAAUUGACGAAACCAUGUCUUUGUAUUCCGCCUGGCUCUACUGUCGAGCAGUGAACCAGGAUCCCAGGUUAGUCAAAUUGUCUCCUUAUGCUUCUGUUUAUUACCUCUGUUCAAUGAUUUGUUAAGCAAUCAUGACACAGCUGGUAGUAAACAAAGCUUCAAUUGAUUUCAUGGUUCACUGAACAAAUAAGCAGUCAUAGAUUUAUUGUAUUUUUUACACACUAAAAUAGAUAAGCUGUAAUAUGUUAUCGAUAUAUGAUCAGUAAGAUCCAGCAUUAUAUUUAUUUGUUUGUUUGUAAAUUUAUUUCUUCUUUGUUCCUCUUGAUUUAUUCUUCUGUAGUAUCCAAGAUACAUACAGAUUCAUGAAAGGAGAUAUCUGUAUUUCUGAUUUCUUUACUAGUUUAGUGUGGUCAUGGCCAUUUGCAUGCUUUGCAAGUUGGAUCUAUAUUUGUCUAUUGAAAAGUUUUACUAACUAAAAAUAGAAUCUAUAUUAAUGUUAUGAAGUAUUUCUAAAUAAUGUUCUGUUUUUCUAUCUUACUUUAAGUUCUCUAAAUUUACUUAACCUGUUAUCAACUAUAAGGCCACAUGAUUUUGAUUUAUUGUGUCUUAACCUUUUUGAUGAAACAUUUUCCUUGCAUUUUGCAGACCAAAAAAAAUUUAAGUUAAUGAUAUUUCAUAACUUUAAAAUGUUAUGAAUUUUGAACACAGUAAAUAAAAUGUACAUGUAAGAAGUAAUUCACGAUCAAUUCAGAAAAUGAUCAAUAAAAAAUCUUCAUAAAAAAUGCCACAGUCAAUGAUACUUUCAAAGAUAAAAAAAAAUUGAAUUAAAGUUGUGUUGUUUAAUCCUAUAAAAAAAUUAAUUUGAUGGCUGAAUAAUAUGUUGACAAUGUCUCAUCUUUCCAUAGUUCUUAACAUCAUCUUUAUGCUGAAUUUAUGAAAUAUUUUUUUAUCCCUAAAAAAUUAUAAGUAUAUCUUUCUAAAAGAUAACGAUGGGUUUUGAAAAACAAAACAACUACAUGUAUGAGAAAGUACUUUUAUUUCUAAUUUCCUGGAUUUUGUGUUGGAUCAAAGUCAUUAUACAGAAAUAAAUAUAUUACCUAAAAAAAAUUCAUAUUUCCAACCUAUCUGUGAUAAACCUGAAAGCUUGAAUUAAAUAACUUACAAAACUAAUGAUUUUUCAACAAACCAUGAAACUUGAAUCAACAAAGAAAAGUGAUUUCACAGUAUUUAUUUCAAUUGGUUGAUUGACAAAUAAAAUUUCAUCAAUAAGAUAACAUGAUAUAAAUUUAAAAUCAUUUUAAAAUAAUACAAGAAGUUUAUUUCAAUUGGCCUAUAAACAUGAUAAAAGUUGUUUUGUUAUUAUUUUAUUGUUGUUGUUUCACUUUGUUAACAUUUGUACAUUUUGUAUAUGAAAACUAAUAUUUUCAAGAUCAGGGUUGGGAGAAUUUGUUUUUUAUUCUUACAUCUUCACAUUUAUUAAAAAAAAUAUAUUAUUAUGCUUAAAAAUAAAUCACAUUAAAAUGUU